AUGGAUAGAUUCGUAACUAGGGGCAAGAGAAAGGCCGACUCGACCCUAGAAGAGACUGUUGUUACAACUCAACUACAGCAGUCUGUCACCGUUCCCCAUAUUCCACUAGAUAAUCCAACCGAUGGCGACGGGGAAUCGACAGAUAUCAAACUGGCCAUACUUGCCUCACUACACCCCCGGUUCGACCAUGAUACGUUGCUGGAUCUUCUGAUCGCCCACGAUGGGUCCGUGGAAGCCACAACGGAGGCCUUGAAAGGCGCCCAAUACGCAUUGACUCCCAAGAAGAAGCCGUCAGGAAUCACUUCCCAGGCUUCCCUACGAUCUUUCGCUGUUUCAUCUACCACUGCCGACAACGGCAAUGGUAGUGCGAGCACCACCACCCCGAAGAAACCCAAGCUCCUCUCCCGGAAAGGCGCAACACUCCAUCUAUACGACCCCUCCGACAUCAGCACCCACACACCCUGCACCGUCAUCCACAACUUUCUUCCCCCGGAGAUUGCCAACAGCCUCCUGAUAGAGCUCCUCGAAGAAGCCAAAUCCUUCGGCAAAACCACCUUCAAGCUCUUCGACAACGUAGUCUCCAGCCCUCACACCUCGGGCUUCUUCGUCGGCAGCGACUGGGAGCUCGCCGAGCAAAAGUCAGCCUACUUCUACAACGGCGCGCGGCUCUCGGACGUUCGGCGGCUGACGCCUCAGCUGGAAAAGGUGCGGCCGUUGGUGCAGGAGGCAGUAAACGCGGAGAUUCAGCAGCGCAUACGGACUCAUCACCUGUACGGUGGUAAGAAGCUCAAGUACCAGUCCCCCGAUGCCUGGUCGCCCAACGCGGCGUUUGUGAAUCUGUACGAUGGCCCGGACCAGAACGUGGGCUGGCACAGCGACCAGUUGACGUAUCUCGGUCCUAGGUCCGUCAUCGGGUCUCUUUCGCUUGGUGUGGCGAGGGAGUUUCGGGUGCGCAGGAUUUUACCCAAGGACGAUGACAAGGAAGAUGGUACAUUAUCCAAGACCACCAACCUCGACUCCUCCCUAAACGAAGGCCAAAUAUCCAUCCACCUCCCGCACAACUCUCUCCUUGUCAUGCACGCCGAAAUGCAAGAGGAGUGGAAGCACUGCGUAACGCCAGCGCAGGCCAUCGAUCCGCACCCUAUUUCCGGUAGGCGGCGCAUCAACGUCACGUACCGCGACUACCGGCCAGACUUUCACCCACGAUACACGCCGCGGUGCGCCUGCGGGAUCCCGACGGUGCUGCGAGUGGUGCAGAAGAAGAGAGAGAACUGGGGCAGGUAUUUCUGGAUGUGCCAUGCUGGUAAUCAACCAGGGAAGGAGGCUUGUUCGUUUUUCCAAUGGGCGGAGUUUGAUGAUGAUGGGAGGCCGUUGUGGAAGAAGGGCACGGGGGCUCGUACCGCUGGGUUGGAAGUUGAAGAAGGGGAAUCAGGUCAACAGCCACCGAAGACCCCGGAUGGGGAACAGCUGUCAACGACGGCAAGUCUUGAAGGACACUCGAUAAUAAACACACGGCCGAUGGCGGAAUAA